AUGCCAGACGUGAACGAGGCCUUUAUUAGAUCAAUAAAAUUAUUGGUGACUAGGCUGAUGGUCUUUCGUUUUUUUUAUUGAUUUGUUUCAGAUCGAUUUUAUUGGUGAGCAAAAGAAGCUGAGCGAAGUCAUCGAUCUCAAGGAUGUGUGGAAAAGCCAUGGAAAACUCCUUGCCGAUUUGAUGUGAGCGAAAUUGUUUUGGAUUAUUUUAAAAUCAGGAUUUCAGCUGGGAAGAAGACGUUAAACCCUUUGUCAAAAGUCACGAAUUUUUCGAUCAUCUUUAUAAAAAGUUCAGUUUUGAACACAAUGUACUGUGUGGAGACAUGGACGUGGUUGAGGCGGCGAAUGGAAAUUUGUUCGAAAUCAGCAAGGUUUCAAUUUUGCAUUAAAGACAUAUGGACUUUAAACGUAGUGAGAACUUUUGGAUGCGAUAGAAUAAUGGCUCAAUUUUUCGAGGACCAGGAAUUUUUUGUAAGCUGAAAUUAAAUUUUCAGAACUUGCCAAUUUUUGGUUAGAAAAAUCCGUGUCUGUUCACGAAAAAAGUUUUUUUCCGGUCUUGAAAACCUAUUUCACAGUUCUUCGUGCUCUACCUGGAAUCGAUGAGGAAAAAGCAGGGGGAUAUCAUGCGUGAUUUGAUCUCGGCUAUGAACGAAAAGAAGGGCCUUUUCGACGAAAAACCUAUUUGCGCUGUUGUGAGGGCAUUUUCUGUUUUGGCGAUGAUUAACGGGAAUUUUUAAGUUUAAAAAAAUUGACGAGGUGAUGGAAUCAGACAGCUCCGACAAUUGGUGGGCGCCGAUUUUGGAGGAAUCCGAGGAAAACGUCACGACGGUCACGACUCCAAUCGCCGAAAGCUCGGAUUCCCCCACGGAGGCGGUCAGGACUCCAGGUGAAUUCGAUCGUUUCCUACUGAAAAUUAAGAUUUUUCGGAGUUUGAUGUAUAGGUCGUAGUCAUAGGUUGCUUCAAGAAAACCCUGAAAUUCCUUUUCUUCAAAAAAAUUUUAUAAAAAAACCUGAGAAAAUCCUCAAAAUAGGAGAUUUCCAAAAUUUCUGAAAUAGGGUAACCUAAUUAGAAAUCUUUCAUCAUUCAGGUAGACCCAGGUACAUAGUUAUCCACUUUUUCGAUUGCUCAAUUUUUUCCCUUUGAAAAACUUUCUCUUACGAAUUUUUUUUUUCCCGGUUCAUCUCUAAAUUUUACCACUCCUUUAUUAUUUUCCUGCUUCUUGAUCCAUAAAAGAGACUUUUCAAGGCGCACAAUUCAUGACGCCUCACAGCACCAGACGGCCAUUGCCUAUGAGCACCAGUCGUUUGCGAAGAAGUCCUCUGAUUGAACUGGUCGAUUCGCCGCGAGUUCGAAUCUAUCGGGCCGAAGCUGAGGCGGCCAAGGCUCGUCACAAACUUUACGAGGCUGAAAUGCGGACCGAGGAAGCUUUGAAAAACGUGAAGGCCCUGGAGCGACAGCUGAAGGACGUCACGAAGAGGUAGCAGUUCAGUCCGGAAGAUUUGGCGGGCUUGAAGAAGAACAUACGUGAAUUAAAACGGCACGCCAGCGCGCACAGAUCAGGUUAGAGAGCACGGUAAUUUCGGAGAGAUCUGCUCUCCUCGUUCUACACACUGUCUAAGGAUCUGCGCGCUGUCAAGCCAUUUUCUGUUAAAUUUACGCAGGCAUCUAGGCAGUGUGUAGAACGAGGAGAGUAAAAAUCUCUUCUCUCCGAGUUCAUAGCGCUCUCUAACCUGCUCUAUGCGCUCUGGAACGUCCUCUGAAAUAAUCCUCUUUAGUCAUAGAAACCUGUGAUUCUUAAGAAACCGUCAAAAUCAAAAAUUCAUAUCUUAAAGUUUGCAUUUGAUGAAUCUUUGUAAGGAUUUUGAGCGAUUUUUUUCAAUAAUUAUUUCAUAAUUCCCUCUAAAAUGGCUUGACAGUUCCCACAAUAUUUUCGCUUUCCAGGGCCGAAGACUCUCGCUCGCUCCGCUCCUCGGAAACUUGUCAGAGACAGAUCCUGGAGAUCAACCGAGCCUCCCUUCAGGAGCAACUCGACACCGUCUCGCGACUUCUAUCCGAAGAAAAGGACUCUCACGAUCAGACCAAAAUCAGCGUGAGACUUUGAGAUCCCCAGUUUUAACUGAUGGAUUAUAACGCAAAAUAGAAGUUUCUGAGCGUCUCUAGUGACCCCCAGGCUUGUGCGAGGGCCGGCCCGUCACCCUCCCGGCCCCCCGACCAUUUCGUAAGCCCGGCCCGGCCUUAGAGGGGCCUCAAAAAUGACCCGAGCGCGCAAUUUUUUUCUAGUCGAAUAUCAAGUUUUUUUACGACAAAAAAAUUAUGUUUUUUUGCUCAUUUUUUUCACUUAAAGUUCAACAAAAACUAUGAUUUCAGAGGUAAAAAGUCACAUUUCGGUGAAAAAUUUUUUUUCAAAAGAAAUUUUUAAAUUUUUGAAGCCCGGCCCGGCCCUGAGCACACGCAGGCUUUUUUUCCUGAAAAAUAAGGCCCAAAGCCCGGCCUGACGCACAAGCCUGGUGACCCCUUAGCAGCGUCAGAACUUUUAUGUGAUCCCUAGAAAUGCUCAGAAACGUCCAGAUUUUUGGCACCAAUGUCCGAGAAUGUUAGGGCUUCGUAUGAAUUAUUUAACGAAGCAGAUAUGUUUCAUCAUCUGAUUCUAAACAUUAUUUAAAGAAGAUUUUUUUAUAAGAUUCGUAAAGAUAAAAAAAUGUGAUUGAUGGGUUUUUUUGUAGUAAAUAUUUAAUCAAAGGGGUUUUUGAAUGAAAAUUGAACUUUUUUUAAAUUUCCUGAAGCAAAAAAAUUUAGGUCCUGGGAAUAUUUAUGUGCCAAAAUAAUAUUUAUUUUUUUAUUUUUUUGCUUUAUUGUUUAUUGCGGGCUUUCGAGUGGUCUUUGUAGGGCUCUGAGCGCCCUUUAUGUUGCCCCUAAUCCCGCCAAACUUUCGCUUUUAAAAAUUUUUUUGAAAGAUCUUUGUCCGCAUUGUUCAUCUCCUUUUUGAGAGAGUUUAUCAACUUUGCGGUUUCAGUUGAAGUCCGCGCUGAAACAUCUCGAAGCCGCCGAGAGAAGAUUGGCAGAAGGUUCCGGGAAGCUGGAAAACGAGAUCCAGAGUCUCCAGACGAAGUUGGUCGACGCGAGGGACGAGUACGACUCCUUGAAAAAUGUAAUAAUCCCGUCUGUAUCUGACCGAGAUUUCGUGCUCCCUAAUAAUUAUGACAAAAAAAUCCGAUUUUUUUCGAAACAGGGUUUUUUUGAGACUAAUUAAAUAUUGAGUUGACUCUCAGAUUCAAACUCCUCACAAGUUUUUUUUUCUUGGAAGUCAGAUGCUAAUUGAGUUCUACAUAUGUAUAAAUUUUAUUUUAGCCAUUAAUUUUCCGAAUAAUAACGUUCAGAAAUGCCAAGCGAAGGAAAAGAUGGAGGAGAAGCUGCGGGGAGAGAUCGCUCAGCUCAGCGAACAGAAUUCGUCGCUGCUCUCCGAGAUCGAGAUCAUGAGGGCGCACACAAGAGACCUGGUACCUUUUCCCGAGUUGAUCAUCUACAACUCGUUCAGGUCGCCCAAAGAGACGACGCCCUCUUCUCCAAGGAUUUGACCAAGGACGAGCUGAUCACCACCAAGCAGUCAUGGCACAAGGUUUUUCUAGAUUCAAUAUGAAUUUUCAGAAAAAAAGAAGAGAAACGUUUUUUUUCUAGUUCAAAUUUUGAAUAAAAAACAUUUUUCGUUAGGUAGAGACUGUUUUUAGCGACUUCUAUGCGCCCUCCUCACCUUGACGUGCUUUUUUCAUAUUUCUCUGACCUCUCCGGUUAGGGAACAGAGAGACCCAGACAUUCUAGAACUCUCAAGUCAUGGCAAACGAAUUUUACUCAAAUAAAAAAAAAAUCAUGAUUUUGAUCAUUUUCCAGCGACUCGAAGACCUCCAAAGCUUCCUCGAGGCAGAACGGGCCGCUCACAAAGAAAAUCGGGCAAAAUGGGAGGCGGACCUGAAAAAAGAAAAAGAAACGUUCGAAAUGCUCCUCGCCGCGGAGAACGAACGACGCGAAAACGCGGAAAAACAUCUUGCUGAGGUUUUUUUCCCGUUUGAAUUAAUUCAAUAUAUUGCGUUACAGGAAGUGCUGAAGAAGGAGCAGGUCGAAGAAUUGUACGGCGAAAUAAAUCGACUGUCCCUCGCCGCCAAGGAGGAAACCAUCAAGGUGAUUUCGAGGCUCUGAAACGUAGAAUAUUCUCGGAAAUUAGUCAAAGAAAGAAUUUUUUGAUAAUCCACAACUGUUUGAGCCAUUUCCUAUUAGGGUAGCCGGGUCACGGUAAGCAGGAAGGAAAAAAAUCACUCGGGAAUAUUUUUAAGUUCUUGGCUAUAUUCAGUCAUUUUCCUUCUAUGUUUUGUCUCUUUUUGUAAAUAAUAAUUGCUUUAUAAUCCACUGGCCUCGAUAAAAGUCUCACUUGUCUGCGCUCUCCUUUCUCUACCCGGAAAAUAAGUAGAGAAACACGAGAGAGUCGGUAGACGAAGAGAGGGCGCAGAGAAAUCAGAAUUUUUCAAAUCUCUUUUAGUGGCCACUGUAGAGAAUCGCCAAGGACUACUUGGAGAGAACGUUAAAGUGGCCACUAAACCCACCUCUAUAGUGACCACUAUUUUCCGUUUUAGUGGCCACUAUAGAGGUUCUCUAUUUAGUGGCCACUUCAGUAGUUUUUCAUCCAGUAUUCCUUUCAGUAACUCUGAUAGUUUUUAAACAAACAAAUUGGGCCAGUUAUGUUGAUCCAUUGACCCCUAAAGUGGCCACUAAAAUUUUUAGGGGUCUAGUAGUAGUACUUAGACCUCUAUAGUGGCCACUAAUUUUCAACCCCCUAAGUGGUCAUUAAUUUGACUACUAUAGUGGCCACUAAAAGUUUUCCCAGUAUAUUUCAAAAUCGGAUGAAGAAACGCGUAGCUUUCCCAAGUUUUGAAAAUUAACUUCCUAUUUUGGCCAAUUUUGAUUUCGUUCCCAUUUUGAUUUUCCUAUUUGAAGGCUGACGGUAACCAGAUCGAUAUUCGCGCCUAUUUGGCUGCGACAAAAUCCGAUCUUUUGCUCAAAGAGCAGCUUCUGAUGGCCAAGGAGAAGGAAUUGACGGCGAAAACCGAGGAAAACGCCAAACUCGAAGAAAUGGCAAGACCUUCUUUUUCCGGACCCCUGAUAGAGUUUCUCGCAGGUCGCGUCGUUGAAAGAGCUCCUCGAGAAGGAGAAAUCGCUGCGGAAGGAGGCGAUCCAACAGGCCGAGGCGAUGAUCCACAUGGUCCAGACCGACUUGGCAAGUUUUUCCCCAAAAAAAUGGGUUUUUCCAUUUUUAGGCUGGUUUUUUUCCCUGAAAUUUUUGCUCGAAAAACUUUUUUUAUUCACGAAAAUGAUCUGAAUUAUAGAGAGAGUUUUUAAAAUGUAGAAUUUUGAUUGACAGUAAAAUGAAAAUUUUUGCAGGCGAUGGCCGAGAAGAAGUUGGCCGAUGAGAAGACUCGCAACAAGGAAGAAUUCCAGCGAGCGAAGGCCACACACGAAGAAGCCCUCAGGAUUGUAGAAGCUCGAAUCGACGAUCUUAUGGUAUGAAAUGGGGAAAUUUUUUUCGGGGUGGUACACCGAUUUCUGGGGAGCGUGCGCCUAUUUUCGAGGCACGCGCGCCUUUUUUCUGGGAACCUGCGCCAUGACGUCACCAUUAAAAAAAAGUGUCUUGGGCCACUUAUGGUUUGAGAUUCAAAUUUGCAAGCGAGAAAUCAAAUUUUUGGAUUUUGAGGCUACCAUCUGAAAAAAAAGACUUUUCGAAAAAAAACUUGAAGAAAAAUGUUCCUGCACGGUUUUUCGGGGUACGUGCACCGUUUCUAGGGGGAAGCAAGAGAUCAAUUUUUUCAAAGUUUUGAGGCUACUAUCCAAAAAAGAGACAUUUUGGGGAGACUAAAAAAGUUCGAAUUCCAGAGGAACCAUGGAGACUGGGAGGCUGAACGGGAAGGAAUAAAAGCCGAAUAUUCGGGUCUGGAAAAACGCCUCAUCGAUAUGCAGACUGAACGUGACGAUUUCAAGUCAAAAUUCGAGAUCUUGGUAAAUUUGCUCGCAUUUCUGAUGUAUAAGAUGAAACUGAAGCAGGAAAUGUACCGAUCUGAGACCCAGACGACCGACAACGACGAGGGGGGCACGCAGGAGGUGUUGAUCGGUGAGAAAAGAGAAAAAAUCGAUCUUUUGGUGUCAUCUGAAGUGAAAAAUGUUCAGGAACUUUUGAGAAAUAAAUUUCAAGUUGAAAUUGAAGAAAUUCUAUUCAAUUUUCUUUUCUUUCAGUGAAACGGUCCAGCGCUGCGGUCCAAGAAGACACCAGGGUUUGUUGGAAUCCUCCAUUUUCGUGGUUAUAUGUGUCUUGUGCAGGAAGAAGAUCGGAUGUCCUCGAUUUCGUCGUCGACGGCCCCGACUCCACGACAGAGCAUCGCCUCGGCCCAGUCCGUCAAGAUGUGGAUCAACAUCGACGACGACAAUCGGUCUCUCGCCUCCGGGAAGACCUCGACCUCGGUUUCGUUUUUGAUCAUUCAAGUGAAGAACUCAAUAGGUGUAGGAGAAGGAGUAGACUUUCAGAAAUUUUGAAAAAAUGAGGAAUCGAAUCUAUUUUUAGCCUCAUGGGUAGUAUAGUCGGUUUGGAUUUUAAAUGUCAAGUCGUCGCUUAAGCUCCGCCCCUGAUGGCGCGAUAAACCAAUCAGAGAGCGAGCGAUCCAUAGAGCAUUUUCAAAUGACCUCAUUCUAUUUGACAUUCAAAAUCUGAACGGACUACACUCAGGGUUGCACGAAAAAUAUUUCCGAACCAUUCCAUAAUUUCAAAAUUCUCAGAACGAACCGAAACCCGACGACACGUUCUCCUCCAACGGAUUCCCACUGUUCAACCGUAAUUCAAAGUCUCGCUUGUCCUCUUUUUCCAACGAACUCACCAGCACUCGUGAGAUGAUCAUCUCCAGAUUCUGAAACUUAUUUUCUCAAAUUCAGCCUCGUCGUCGUCUUUCAAGAAGCCUUAUGAGCCGUCAGCAGUCACCCGAGAUCAUAUCGAAGAGCUGCGAAGAAGGAAUUGGUAAGGUUUCUCAGCCGGAGACAGGAAUAUCGUGUCCUUUUUCCAGUCUACAGCCGCCGGCGCUGAGAUCGGCCUACGCGACAGAAAUGGCAGAAGUUUCCUCGCCAACUGGCGACGAAGAGAGCGUCCGAGGGUCCAUGAAAAUGCCCAAGGUGAGCCCGAUUCUUGCCUGACUUUUGGGAGAACAUUUCCUUGAGGUCAAGGAUUUUUUUUCGUUGCGAAAUCUUUAAGAAAACUUUUUUUUGUUGCAAAAUUUUCAAAAAAACUGAGCUUAUGUGUUGAAUAUUCUUUAGGAACGAUUUUUUUUUGCUUGUGUCUCGGUUCUGUUCAAACACCAUUAUUCAUUUGAAAAAAAUCUUUUUCAUAAUAUAAUAUAUCUCUAAUGAAAAAAACUGAAAUUUAGUAUUUUUUUGCUCUUUCUUUGAUCUUUGUUCACUCAAAUUUUUGGUUUUUAGGGCUUAUAACUGAACUUAAAUACUCUCGAAAAUGUGGAAAUCGAGGGUUACUGUAGGAAUUUUCCCAUGAAUGGAGCUUGAAUAGAAGAUAUUUGAACCUUUUUAGUGUUUUCGGCUUGGAAUUUUUGAAAGAUGGGAUGUUUAAAUGAAAGUUUAUUACUCUGAAGGGAAGUUUCCAAAACGAUUUUUCGUAGUGCUGGUUUUCGAAAUAAGACGCUUGAAAGGCUAUAAACAGCGCUUUUUUGUCAUAAUUUGCGUAUUUCGCAAACUUUUAAGCUUCAGCGUGAAAAAUUACCAUUUUUUGUUCUUUUUUUUAAAGUUAUUUUCAAUUUCUUUUUUUCUUUAGAAGCCUCACUUUAUUUUUAUAAGCUGAUUAGGUCUGCAGAUUCCUUUUUUUUCCAUAACUUUGAUUUUCUUCUCAUCGGAUCCUCCAAAAAUUGGUUCAUUUUCCAGGCCUCAACAAUGAAGAAACGUCGCUCCCUCGCCAACAUGACUAACCGAAUUUUCCGCAAAUAA